AUGGAUCGCAAUCUUGCGCGCGCGGUGACCGACAAGAAGCCGGUUCCCGAGAUCGAUUUCUCCCUACACCAGAUGGAGGAUGGCUCGCAGGUGUCAACAUUGGAGCGUGUGGUCAAGGAAGUCCAGGCCCCUGCUCUGAGCGUCCCGACCGACCAGCAGUUCUUUAGCGACCAAGAUCCUUCCAAACCCGACCUCCAGUUUCUGAAGCAACACCUGUAUCGCGAAGGCCGCCUCACCGAGGAACAGGCGCUAUGGAUUAUCCACGCGGGUACCGAGGUCCUUCGAUCCGAGCCCAACCUUCUCGAGAUGGAUGCCCCCAUUACGGUGUGCGGUGACGUCCAUGGCCAAUAUUACGAUUUGAUGAAGCUUUUUGAGGUCGGCGGAGACCCGUCGGAGACCAGAUACCUGUUUCUGGGCGACUACGUGGACCGUGGUUACUUCAGUAUCGAGUGUGUUCUAUACCUUUGGGCGUUGAAGAUCUGGUAUCCAGAUUCGCUCUGGCUCUUGCGUGGUAACCACGAAUGUCGCCACCUGACAGACUACUUUACCUUCAAGCUCGAGUGCAAGCAUAAAUAUAGCGAACGGAUCUACGAGGCCUGUAUCGAAUCUUUCUGUUCUCUGCCGCUGGCGGCGGUUAUGAACAAGCAAUUUCUCUGCAUCCACGGUGGCCUCAGCCCGGAGCUGCAUACCCUCGAGGAUAUCAAGGCUAUUGACCGUUUCCGCGAACCCCCAACCCAUGGUCUGAUGUGUGACAUUCUCUGGGCCGAUCCUCUGGAAGAAUUUGGUCAAGAAAAAACGGGUGAUUUCUUUAUCCACAACAGCGUUCGUGGUUGCUCUUAUUUCUUCUCCUACCCGGCUGCCUGUGCAUUCCUGGAAAAGAACAACCUCCUCUCUAUCAUUCGAGCUCAUGAAGCCCAAGAUGCCGGGUAUCGCAUGUACCGAAAGACCCGCACCACCGGUUUCCCGAGUGUGAUGACGAUCUUCAGUGCACCCAACUAUUUGGAUGUCUACAACAACAAGGCUGCCGUGCUCAAGUACGAGAACAAUGUGAUGAACAUCCGUCAGUUCAACUGCACGCCCCACCCCUACUGGCUGCCGAACUUCAUGGAUGUCUUCACCUGGUCUCUACCCUUCGUUGGUGAAAAGAUCACCGAUAUGCUCAUCGCCAUUCUCAACACCUGCUCCAAGGAGGAACUGGAAGAGGAUGAGACACCUUCGUCGACGGAACCCCACCCCUCCUCCCCGCCUCUGCCUAUGGAUACUACCGAUGUCAGCGAGCUGAAGCGACGCGCGAUCAAGAACAAGAUUCUUGCCAUCGGUCGUCUCUCCCGUGUCUUCCAAGUGCUGCGUGAACAGUCUGAGAGUGUCACCGAACUUAAGACGGCGGCAGGCGGUCGUCUUCCCCCCGGAACACUUAUGCUUGGUGCCGAAGGUAUCAAGCAGGCCAUUCACAACUUCGAGGAUGCCCGUAAGGUCGAUCUGCAGAACGAGCGACUACCACCCACCCAAGAGGAGGUGUACCAGAAGAGCGAGGCAGACCGUAAGGCUGCCAUGAAGCGCGCCGAGGACGACGCUAACAACGAUACCGGGCUCCAGACUGUUGCCCGACGAAUCAGCAUGUCCGCGGGUUCUGGCCGCAACCGCAGCCAACGUUAUGGUCCACGGGAUUCUCAGGAUGCCUAG